CAGACUUUACGACAUUCAAAUUAUUAAAAACAACAACGCCUAAAAUACUGACACAAUUCUAAAUCUAGUGGUAAUAACAGUGUUACAACGUAUUCAACGUGAACAUUCAUGUAUAAAAUAAUCUACGGUUUGUAAGUUAUAAUAUUUCACAGUUAGUGUGUUUAAUUUAAAGAGGAUAUGUUUUUUCAGGCAUCAAAAUGCAACUCAGCAUACACGUAAUCUUUAUUUCGCUGCGAAACUGGUACAAGUUUUAUCAUUUAAAUACCAGAAUGGGCCCUCUCUUAUCCAACUGAUAACUUUGUCGUGUAUGUCAUUAGCAACAAUGUUCACUAUGUCUCCAUUUUUUUUCCUUGCACACAUUAUCAACCAGAUGGAGGAUUGCAUGGCUAAAAUCGACACGGUGCGCCCCCAGAGAGCUCAGUAAUUCUGCUUCAGCGUCUCGUCGUGUUGUGCAGUUGGCACGGGAGUGCUUAUGCGUAAUAGUCAGUUAAAGCUUCAGUUCAAUUUAGCAAUCUAGGUUAAUCGUUAGAUUUUUUUGACAAUUUGUGUUUCGUUGUAAAUCUUUUUUUUUGUUUUAUAUAGUCGUGGUUAUUUUUGUUAUUAUAUUAACUACCACUGUCUUCAUUUUACACCUCGUCUUUUUCGACCCAAUGUUAUAUCAUCCAUAUUUGUUGACAUAAUUUUACCAAGCACAUUGAACAACCGACUCUGAAUUUGUAUUAUAUUCAUGCUCUACUAUAGCUUGGAGUCGCUCUUUUUCUGCGCCACUUCGUGUUUGCCUGGACGACGCAACAAUGAGAUCAACUGUGCUUCUGUUUCUCUCGGUAUCUUGUCCAUUGGUUGCCUGUGCACCGGCCUCUAGUACCUCGAGUACCUUUAGUACCUCCACUAUCUCCACUAAUGCCAGUGCCCUGAACAGCAGCACGUGCCUUGAGUGGGAAGAGAGUCAGCACGGACUCUUCCAGUUCGCCAACACUGCCUUCUUGGUUGCCUAUUUAAUUCCAGCCACGCUCUCCUGCCAUAUCCUGCUGUUUCGAGGACUUAUGAUAUUGGGUUGCAUCUUUUGGAUCCUGUGGGCCACUUUGUAUCAGUGUGCCUACGGCAUUGGAGUGUGGGGUCUGGUUUUCCUCAUUAUUUGUGCUGCCCAUGCAGCCCUGCUGCUUUAUAACAUGCGUCUGGUAAAGCUGCCCCCAGAGCUGAGCGACUUGUACGUUGAGCUCUUCGCACCUCUCAACGUGCCCAGAGAGGUGUUCCGCUCAUUGGUGUCUCAGUAUUGCAUGAUAGAGACGAGACGCAGGGGCGAGGUGUACGCCCUUGAGAACAAAACCCCCAUCGACAGAAGGCUCAGCAUUUUACUCAAGGGAAAAAUGAAGGUGACUUGCCAAGGACGCUUUUUACAUUUUAUUUACCCAAACGCAUUCAUCGAUUCAGUGGAAUACCGGAUGAUGGAGACACAAAAAGGAGAUAGGUCUCAGGUAUCGAUAUCGGCAAUGGACGACUGCCAGCUUGUGUCCUGGUCGCAAGAGCGUCUGAUAUACUUCCUGAAGACGAUCCCAUUUCUGGAAGUGGUCUUUGCGAGCCUCAUUGGAAGAGACAUCACCAACAAGAUAUACGCACUCAAGGAUGUGACGCUGACGUCACGCAGUAUGAAAAAGAUAAGCAGCCACCCAGGGCUUUAUGCCCGAGAAGUAUUGAGCAUCGUCCGUCGGAGUUGUAUUCCGAUCCAAGUCAACAACACCACGACUGCUCUUGCCCCUGCUGAAGAAGGUUGAGAAUCACCUCUUUCCGGACCUACAUUAAUCCUACAAAAGGGUUCCAUUGCAUAAUCUGCAAGAGUACCAGCCCAUCAUUUUUUUUUCUAUCAGGAGGGCACCUGGGGACUUUACGAGCAAGCAGUGAUUGAACUUUGGAAUUAUCAUCCUUCCAACUGAUGCCAAUAACAGUUUAGAUCUAUGCUUAUCUUCAUAAGUAUCAGGCUCAUUGUGUGACUGAUCUUUAGACAGAGCGAUGUGAUACAUAUACGGCAACAAGCAGACAAUGUACAGUCAGUUUAACACGUAGGCUUUCUCGCCCAAUAUUAUCCAUCAUAGCCUUUUUUGUGGUUUAGGUCACGUAAAUUUAAAUGUUGGUAAACCCCCCACCACCUAACAUAGGUGGUAGUACGGUUUGUCACGUAAACAAAACAUGCCAAUUAAUUACUGGUCCAGGUCACC